GAAGAGGAGAGGGGUUAAGGGAGCCGCCGUCACCCCAGCCCUGGGUCUCCGUGUCCGUCCGAUCCCGGUCGUGGCCCCAGAGGGGGAGGCGGGCAGCAGGCGAUGUGAGCGGUCAGUGGAGCCAUGAGCUCCGCCUGGACUCCAGACUACGAGGCACUGUCCCCGGCAGGAGCUCCAGGGCAAGGGGGGUCCGGGGGGGCCGCGGGUCUGGACGCAGAGCAGCGCACGGUCUUCGCCUUUGUUCUCUUUCUGCUGCUGUUCCUGGUGCUGCUCAUGGUGCGCUGCGUCCGCAUCCUCCUGGACCCAUACAGCCGCAUGCCCGCCUCGUCCUGGACCGACCACAAGGAGGCACUAGAGAGGGGCCAGUUCGACUAUGCGUUGGUGUGAGGGCAGGGCAGGGCCUAAGGGUCCCGCCCCUGCCCAACCAACCCUUCCCCCUGCCCCAGCCCCUGCCCCUGCCCUUACCCAUGCCUUGAGAUCCCACCGCUCUCCUCCCAUACCCUGCCCUCUAUCCUGCCCCAUCCCCAGACUGGCCUAGAAUCCAAGGUAGAACUGCCUCCAUUAUUGCGCCCCACCUACGGCUCCCUAAACUCACCGCCCAUCACUUUACCUCAUCCAUGAAUCCAGGCCGGCCGAAGCUAAGGCUAUUCUCAUCCAGAACCCCCACCCCGCCCCACUCCCACUUGACUAUCCGGUCCCCCUGACCCAAGCAGAGUCUAGGCCUCUCUUCUGGAAUCCAGAUUCCACCCCCAGCCCGGCCUGGCUUGGGACCAGAAGCCCAGGCUUCUCCCAACCCUGCCUCCUGCUCUUAAGCUUCCAUAGCCACCCUGAGGGCAGAGAUGAGCAGGCCCAAGGCCUAGCACUAGAUGCUUUUGGAAGUGGAGUGGACCAGUCAGUCUCUACCAAUCCACUCACAGCAGGGACGCAUCAGAGUGAAGUGAGCAAGCUUUGGGAGUCAUGUCCCCCAUUCCUGUGCUUUGGGGAGCCCCCCUGGCCAGGACUGGUGGCUGCUUCUUUGCCUCCUGGCCUACAUCUACCCUACCCACUACCUGAUAAUGGAUAAUCAAAACUCUGGAUGCUGCAACCUCCCCCUAGUCUCUGCCCAUUUGACUUACUGAUCUCCCCAUUCUCUCAUGACAGCUGCCUGACCAUUCUCCCAGAGCACUCAGGUCUGAUGCCUCUCCCCUGGAACCUACUCAAGCCCCCAUGGCCCAGGGGCCAUCUCCUAGAUUAAGAAACUCAGCCAGCCCCCCCCCCCCCCCCCCCAGCGCUCUGACCCUUCCCUCAAUUCAAAAAGGAUUUGGUAAGCACCUACUAAACGCAAGGUGCAGGGCCUCCAGCCCAGUCCAGCCCCUUCUCCCUGACCUUUGCCAAUGGACACCUGAACAGAAGGACUUUAUCAAGGCACCAUGGGGGCAGGAGGGGCUGUGCAGGGCACUACAGUUGUACCAUCUCAACAGAAGUUUUGAAUGCCUACUGUAUGGAGGGCAGCAGGUGAUGCAAGAUGGCUCAUACUAGGGUGGGUUUCUUUGACAAGGCUAUAGCUAGCUGCAGGUGAGCCCCAAACCCUUAUUGAGUCUCUUGAGUGGAGGGAACAUCAGCUGAGUGCUGACACACGUGUAGCCCAACUGUCCUCUAUAUCCCCACUGCAAUCUCCUCUCGUCACUUCGGUCACCUCUAAACUUGUCUCCCCCCAAUCAGGGGCCUUCUGCUCUCCCAGACCCCACAGGCUGACUCGUUUUCCACCUCUGUGCCUUCGUUCCUUCCAUUUCCCUGCCUAGAAUGGCCUCCCCAACUUCUUGGCCACCUGAUCUUUUCCCAAGCCUGUAUGCUUAUCCUGUACUUCCUGUUGCUUUGCUGUCUGUCUUCCCCCAAAGCAUGAAAGCCUAUGAAAGGAUUGGGGACUUCUUCCCCCACGAUUACUGUAGGAUUGUUGUUUUUUUUUUCAUUAAGGGCUGGUGCCAGGCCAGCUACCCAAGUACCCUGCCCCACCAUGGGGGAUUUAUUAAUGAGCUCCCACAAGUGCUGAGCCCCUACCCAACUUGGCUGGGCUCUGGGCCCUAAACAGCUCACCCAGACUUCACCCCUGAGCUAAAGCUGGCAGAUGCGCACUGGACAAACCAAACCUAGGAGAGGGGAAGGAGAGGAAAGCCGGAUGGAGGACAGAGACAACACCGCAGCCGUUGCUCAGGCCCAAAUAAUAAAUAACAAAUCAUCCUG